AUGAUUGUUCAGCCCUUCGGUGCCACAAGCUCAUUACCAGAUCUUGCAGGAUCAACUUUGGUUAUUCCAUGUCAAAGUGCUGGAUUAAGUUCUAAUAUAGGUGUUGAUUUGUAUGUUAUUAAUGAAGGACUUCAAAAAAUCGGAUAUUACAAGAGUUAAUAUAUUGCUGCUGGAUUAUCCAAUGAUGGAUUGAGCACAGGCUUAAAUGAGGGUAAUCUUACACUUCCAGCAGAGGUUUACUUUAAUGCUUCGACAAAAGUCACAGCUCUUAUAAUCAGAUCAGGGAUAUACAGUGGAAAGGGAAGAUUAUUCGAGAAAGAAUUGACUGAAUUCAUUAAGAAAUCAGGAUUUUCAAGGAUAGUUGUAUUGACAUCAACAUUAAGCCCUGUCAACAGGGAGAGAGACUCAAAUAGACAGAUUCCUGAAUUGUUUGGAUAUGUAAAUAAGCACGUCCUUGCAACUUAACCAAAAUACUUUGCUGAUCAUGGCCUUAAAUAAUUUGGCUUCUGGUUAGGUGACUCAAAAUAGAAAGAGUUUUAAGAACUAGAUGAGCUUAUGAUGUCAGGUUCUGCUAAGACUCUCAUGAAGCUCUUUAACAAGUUAUCUAUUCCAGCACAUCUCUUCGUUAUGUUCACUUCAGGUGGUAUUGAUUUCGUUGGAGGAUAUGUCUACUUUUAAUUCUUGAGAAAUAACCUGUUUGAGGAUCAGUCAAGUUUAGUUCAACAUCAGCUUGGAAAACUUAACCUAGACCAGUUGACUGGAGAAGGAAUCCAUGAGAAGCUCUUUGUUAAUAAUGAUACCAAGAUUCCUGCUUACUGGAGAUAAAUAGUCUCUUACUUCUGA